CGCAUCCUUUGCUACGAUUCGCGUUCGUCCGCUUGCUUUUCGUUGUUUCGUUGCUUUGCUAGUAAUAUCGCGCCUCAACAGGUUAUGAGCCCGGGCUCCCUCUCGUGAAGCUAUUCAGACCCCCAUAUCACGGAUCUUGACCCCAAACGAAGCGGAGGGCCUACGGCUCCUACAAGUGGUAGGAGUGAACGGGGACGCGCUGGUCUUGGAGGAUCACCUCGAUCCGAUUUAAGCAUCUAAUUCAAACACCUUACUACAUCAAGAGACGCUCUAUUCAACACAUUCGUCGGAUCUACCCGUGCCAAGCACACUAAUUUGGCGCCAUGGCAUACGCGGUGGAACGAAGCAUUUCAUUCGAGGGGAUGUCCCUGACCCAGGUGAACCCUACGGAAGCAGUAACUCAAGCAGACCGACUGCCAAUGACCCCUCCGAAAGGCCUAUCCGGGUUGCCGAUUCUGCUGAAGGGACGCUCCAAUUACACUGACUGGGAGUUCCACUUGGAGUGUGCAUUCAGGGACGCCGGAUUAGAGGACCUGAUCGACCUGAAGCUACCCAAACCUGCCAACACACACGCAAAAUAUGCAGCGUGGCACAACUAUUCGAUGACAGUAGCUUACUACCUUGUCGGGCAGCUGGGAGAUGAAGUGGUAAGGCAAUUCAGAAGGUCUAAAGAGGACAAAAAAUACGUCGAUGACGCGUUCAAACUGAUUCGCACCAUCGUGCUGGGACACGGUGUUGUGGAUUGCCAGAUAGUCGUGAUGAAACUAACCAGAGGCAUGCGUUCCGAUUACUCUACCGCACGUCAAUAUAUUGACGAUUUCAUGGAAGCGUACGACGUGGCCGUAAAGCUUGACUGCUCGAUCUCCCCGUUCGUGGCAAGCCUCCUGAUGAUGUACGAACUGCAGUCAGAAUUCCCUACGUGGGCGUCGACCGUGGAACACUCGAUGCCAGGAAAUGCAGGUCAAGCCUAUACAGAAGAGCAAUUCCGCGAUCUAUGUAGGAGCGCUCUAGAGGAGUGCAAAAGAUCCGAAAUAAGGGAGUUCGGUGCUGCCGCUGUCGGUAAGGGCAAGGGCCAGAAUCCGUCCAACAAGCCCGAUGCUACCAAAGACCAGUGGAAGGCAGCUACUUUCCCGAAAAGAGGUGUUUCUGCCAAAUACCACGCUGCAAAGAUGCGGAAGAAGUCAGUAAACGCUGACGGCAGCUGCGGAUAUUGCAGGUCAAAGGGUCACAAACCAGCAAAGUGUUGGUAUAUUGACCCUGAGUCGCGCCCAGUGGGAUGGAUCCCAUACAUCUUAGACAUCUGGUUCUACCGGGGAAGCAAUAACGAACGUAGCAAGAGGUCAGAUUCGAACUCGAAAGAUGACUCCAAAGCAGCGGCACCCGCACCUGCAAGGCAGAUAGCAGAGACGCCUGCUCAACACGUUACCCUGCAUGAAACAGAGUCAGAUAACAAAAAUUCACAUAUUUUGAAUUUUUCUGGGCUGGCAGUUGGAAGCACCACUGACCGCUCCCUACACUGGAUCUACAGUACAGGAAGCUCCCAGCAUCUGACCCCUGACCGCGCCUCGCUUAACGAAUAUCACGAACUCAAUGCCUCCAACUUCUACAAAUACAGAACAUCUGACGGGAGUGUUGGUGUUGCUAAAUCUGCUGGCUACCAGACCCUGCUCCUAUCCGCAAACAACGAACGCCUCGAGGUCAAGGUCAAAGCGUUCUACCAGCCGGACCUCGCCUACGGCCUCCUUUCGGCGGACCGCCUGCGCAAGGAAUUCGGAAUAUACGCGAACACAAAGGACCUGACCCUACGCAGGGAGCAGGAUGACAAAGUGGUAGGCCACCUACAAGCAUGCAAAAACGUGCUUUUCGUGCGUACGGAGGAUGCAGGGUUGGCCCUCGCUGUGGUGGACCCCCUGCUCCUGCACCGGCGAUACGGUCAUGCAGGAAGGUUGCCUCCGCUGCGAAAAAUCAACAAAUUGAACUCGAACACCGUGAGGACCUCCACUGCGAGGCGUGUUCCCUAGGGAAAGCGAAGCGUUUGGUAUCCAGGGACCCUAUCCUGAGGACUGCUGAUCCUCCUAUCCAGCUGUGGCAUGCUGAUGUGUAGCAAGUAACCCUAUUCAGGCAUAGAGGAUUUAAGUACUUCCUAAUCUUAAUUAAUAAUGUAACUUGUUUGGUGUGAACGGCCAUGUUGAAGCAGAAGAAUGAUGUCUCUACGGAACUUAUUUGAAUCAAUAAUGGAUAUAAUAAGAUGGUUGGCUGCUACGUGGUAGUGUAGCACCUUGACGGGGGCCGCGAAUUCAACCGCUUGAAAGAAUAGGCGAAUGAAUCACGAAGAUUAAGAAAUUAAAA